CGGUCAGGGCCAAAGUCCUCUUGCUGUGGGCUGCUGUCCGGUGUCCAGCCUCUCUCUGGCUUUAACCGCGCUCUCGACAUGUGGUGCAGCAGAACGGCGCUCGGACGGCUCGCGCUCCAAACGGCUCCGCUUUCUCUCGCGGGAUUUCGUCGAGACAUGUCCGCCUUACCGCGCGUGUACGUCACGCGCCAGAUCCCUCCGCGCGGACUGCAGGUCCUCCGCGAGUCCGGCCAAGUGCAGUUUGAGCUGUGGGACUCUGACGACCCCAUCCCUCGUCAAGAACUGCUAAAAAAGGUGAAAGGCUGUGAUGGACUGCUUUGUGUCCUGACGGAGAAGAUCGAUGCUGAAGUAUUAAAUGCUGCAGGUCCAAACCUAAAGGUCCUCAGUACCAUGUCAGUGGGGUUUGACCAUCUGUCCCUGGGUGAGCUAAAGAAAAGGGGGAUCCGUGUAGGAUACACUCCUGAGGUGCUGACCGACGCUGUGGCCGAGCUGACCAUUGCCCUUCUCCUUGCUACGUCACGAAGACUCAUUGAGGCCACACACGAAGCCAAAACAGGUGGCUGGGGAACGUGGAGAACUCUGUGGCUGUGUGGGUAUGAACUGGCCGACAGCACAGUCGGCAUCUUUGGACUCGGAAGGAUUGGAGUGGCCAUUGCUGAGCGUCUGAAGCCCUUUAAGGUGAAAAAGUUCAUCUACACAGAUGUGGCACCAAGACCCGAACUUGCAGCUGCGAUCCAGGCAGAGUACGUCUCCAUGGAUGAGCUGGCGAGGCAGUCUGAUUUCCUGGCAGUGUGCUGUGCUCUGACUCCAGAGACUCAGGGCAUCUGCAACAAGAAUCUUUUUUCCAAGAUGAAGAACACCUCCAUCUUCAUCAACACCAGCAGGGGCGGAGUGGUAAACCAGGAGGAUCUGUAUGAAGCUUUGUCCACAGGACAGAUCGCUGGAGCUGGACUAGAUGUCACUGUGCCAGAACCACUGCCCACCAACCACCCGCUCUUUACGCUCAAAAACUGCGUGAUUCUUCCCCACAUUGCGAGUGCCUCCUACACCACGCGGAACGCCAUGUCUGCUCUUGCCGCCAAUAAUUUGCUUGCCGGACUCCGAGGAGAACCGAUGCCCAAAGAACUUCAACUCUGAAGCCUCUGCUGUAGAACUCAUGCCCAAUACACUGCAACUCUACAGCCUGAAGCCCUGAAGCCAUGCUGAAAAGGAAAGAGUAGUCAGGAACUACAGCUGUAAAGGCCAAGGAAGAUCAGUCACAGAAAAAUGAUUGUUAUUUUGAUUAUGUAUGAGUGUAGACAAGAGCAAUGUCCUUACCUUUAGAAAAACCUUUCAGAUUACUAUUAGAUUUAACUCACUCACCACAGCGUUAGCCUAAACUACAGCCCCAGCCUAAAACUGCUUUCAGAAAGUUUGCUAACUUGCUAACACUGGUCAGAUAUCAGGUUUGUUUUUUUUUGUAGCUAGCUUAGCUUAAAGCCCACAAGGCUAGGUUAGCACUAGCUAUUAGCACCCAGCUAUUACUUCUAUCAUGCUAUUAGUAACUCAGCUAGUGUUAGCGCUAGCCUAGCUAAAGUUACGGCUGAUGAUUGAGUCACUGGUGAACGGCUUACAAUCCUGAAGGACAGCAGAGGAAGGAGGCAUGUCAGAAGGUCUUUAAAGAGCAAUUUGACUCUUGAACUGAAGUCUCUUGUUUUUAAGAAAUGCAGCUCUUAUCUGCAGGGAAUUAACAGACCAGUGAAAUAGAGACCUUUGGGACAAAUGGUCAAAGUAAGAGAUCAAUGAUCUACACAGAACAAACUCAACAGAAGCCAACUUCGCAGGCGCGUUACAGCUUAACCUGCUGGAAAUGCUGAAACCUAGUGACGGAUAAAAAUACAAAAUCUUUUCCACAAUUUGAUUCAUUAAAAAUGUUACAUGUAGGAUUUGUGAAACACUUAGAUUACAUCUAUUUAAUAAAAGCAUAAAGCAUGAAA